UAAGGUUUGUGGUCUGGGCGGUUCCGUUCAUGGCUGGUAGCGCGGUCACCUGAAUCCUCUGUAUUGUCCAGCUACGGACAGCAUGAGCAUCUCCCCCACCAGGCCUUGCCCACACUGCACCAGCAGCCAGUGAAUCUACCAAGCUGAGCUCCUCGGGUGUGGGAAGAAAUGGGACGGAAUCUGUAUAACUCUGUGAGGCAGCAGCUCUCAGUAUCAUCUGCUAUGUCACCGGACUUCCAACCCUGGCAACUCCUUGGUUUCUUUCCGAACUACGGGAAUUGUUUCUAUUCUGCUCUGCCCUCGCUUCUCCCUUCAGGGCCGAAACAGCAGUGAGAACAAUGAAUUUGCUCAUCACCUCAGUGCUGGGCAUGCUUCUGCACUCCUCCAUGUGUCAGUCACAACCAAACUCCGAGCUCCUUGUCAACACUCUAUCAGGGAAAGUGAAGGGAACAAGGAUACCAGUCCUGACCAGCCACGUCAGCACCUUUCUGGGAAUACCCUUCGCAGAAGCUCCAGUGGGAAACUUGCGGUUCCAGAAACCCAUGGCCAAGAAGCCCUGGACUGAAACCUGGGAUGCCACUUCCUAUCCCAAGAACUGUUACCAGUAUGUUGAUAACCAGUACCCUGGAUUUCCCGGUUCCGAGAUGUGGAAUCCCAAUAGGGAGAUGAGCGAGGACUGCUUGUACCUCAAUAUUUGGGUGCCUUCUCCAAGACCCAAAAAUGCAGCUGUCAUGGUCUGGGUCUUUGGAGGUGGUUUCUACAGCGGCUCCUCAACAUUGGACGUCUACAACGGGAAAUAUCUCGCUUACACGGAGAAGGUGGUGGUGGUCUCCAUGAACUACAGGGUGGGUGCAUUUGGGUUCCUCGCCCUGCACGGAAGCGAGGAGGCGCCCGGGAACGUGGGCCUUCUGGACCAGAGACUGGCUCUGCAGUGGGUGCAGAAGAACAUCCGGUUCUUUGGUGGCGACCCGGGAAUGGUGACCAUCUUCGGAGAGAGUGCGGGCGGUGCUUCUGCUGGCAUGCAUUUACUGUCCCCAGACAGCAGGGACCUGUUUCAAAGAGCCAUCCUUCAGAGUGGCUCACCGAAUUGCCCGUGGGCCACCAUCUCGCGAACUGAAGGGCGCAGGAGAGCAGUCGAGUUGGGAAGGCUCCUUAGCUGCAACAUCAAAAAUGACAGAGCAUUAAUCCGCUGCCUUCGGGCAAAGAAGCCCAAGGAAUUGAUUGACCAAGAAUGGAAUGUCCUUCCCUACAGUGGUAUCUUCCGAUUUCCCUUCGUUCCCAUCAUUGACGGAGACUUCUUCCCGGAAUCCCCAGACGCCAUGAUAAACACGGGCAACUUCAAGAGAACGCAAGUCUUAUUAGGAGUUAAUAAGGACGAGGGUACUUUUUUCCUUUUGUAUGGAGCGCCAGGUUUCAGCAAGGACUCCGAGAGCACCAUCUCCCGCAAAGACUUCAUGUCGGGAGUCAAGCUAAGUGUACCUCACGCCAGUGACUUGGGGUUGGAAGCUGUGGCCCUCCAGUACACGGACUGGAUGGACGAGCACAACGGCGUAAAGAACAGAGAUGCCAUGGAUGACAUUGUGGGGGACCACAAUGUCAUCUGCCCCUUGAUGCACUUUGCCCUCAAGUACUCCGAGUUCGGCAGCGGUACCUAUGUGUAUUUCUUCGACCAUCGGGCCUCCAACAUGGUGUGGCCAGAGUGGAUGGGGGUGAUCCAUGGCUACGAGAUUGAGUUUGUGUUUGGGCUGCCGCUGGAGAAGAAGUUGAACUACACACAGGAGGAGGAGAUGCUCAGUAGGAAGAUGAUGCACUAUUGGUCGACGUUUGCUAAAACUGGAAACCCAAACGAGUUCCAUUCAAAGGAGAAUGUUUGGCCUCCCUUCACCACCAGCGAGCAGAAGUUUAUUGACCUCAACACCAAGCCCGUCAAAGUCAACCAACGGCUCAGAGUUCAGACGUGUGUCUUCUGGAACCAGUUCCUCCCCAAGCUUCUCAAUGUCACAGAGACCAUCGACGAGGCCGAACGCCAGUGGAAGAUGGAGUUCCACAGAUGGAGCUCCUAUAUGGUACACUGGAAGAACCAGUUUGACCACUACAGCAGGCAGGAGCGCUGUGCUGAGCUGUGAUCAUUACCCUGCGGCUAGCCUAGCAAGGCAGACAGCAGCAUCUCUGCAACCGACCAGACACCCUGUCUAGCUCCUGGUGACACCACCGUGGCCCUCCGCGCCUACCACCAAACCUUGCCUUGAGACCACCUCUAAUGCAAACCCUAUCCGUCAAGCCCCUUCUCAGCCAGGCUGCCACACGCAUUUCACUGUCUCCUUUCUGUCCUCUAGGCCUGUCUCCACUGCCCCACACACUCCCUAAUGCCCUCUGUUCAAUUUUCUCUCUCACCUUCUCAGCCAUCGUCCCCUCCCUGCUCUCCACUACCAUCAUCUCUAAGCAAGCCCUCUCCAUUCUCCCCAUAUCCUGCUCCACUUUAACCCCUUAUGGCAUUUUCCUCACCCUCACCCUCCUGUUAUUUAUCCCAGACCCCCUCCUCCCUUGCUCUGCUAUCACACAUUCUCUCCCCAACUCUCCCCCAAACCCUUCACUAUAAAUCCCCUAUACUCUGUCACAAAGAUCCAGCUGCCCCUUAAGGCUCUGGGUCUUUUCUCCAGUUAGUCCCUCACUGGUUGAGAUAUUAGAAACCUACUUGGCCCCUUUAACCUCCAUCACCUUUCCCUAUGAAAAUGGCUAAAUCUCUGCUACCAGAAUACUUCCCGAUCAUUAGAUCCUCUGACCCACCCAGCCUCAUUCACAUAACCUCCAUGUUCUCUGGGGGAAGGGAAAUCCUCUCACAAAGAAAUUUCUCCCCCAUCACAGUCUCAAACUACCACCCCAGGUCGAGGCCACUCCUCCCCCCAUCAGUCCAGCUCUUCUACUAGUUCCAGGAACAUCUCAGGGUCCUUCCUCCUCAUCUCUGCCAGGACCCCGUAUAUCUCAAAGAGAUCAGCUGUCAUCCCAAAUGAGGCCAAGCUUUCUCGCCCUCUCGUGACCGCUCAAAGCCUUCCUACCCCAGCCGGGACUGACUCCGCCAGUAUCUCCAUCCUCGGGUGUGAAAACCCAAACUGCAUGCAGUCCCUUCAGGGUGAUCUUAGCAACUCUUCCCCACUCUCCAACGCUACUUCCCUCCGAGAGAGGAUUACUUGUCGUACGUCUUUCCAAAGGAUGACUUGGAUCUCCCAGCACUGGACGCUCAGCACCAGGGGGCUGCUCCCGAGACCCGGGUUCAGCCUGACCUCUGGUGUGGGCAGUGUGGAGUUUGCACAUCUUUCCUGUGACCACGGGAUGCUUUGCUUUUCAGCUGCUACAUACCGAAGACACAAGAGUAGGUGGAUAUUUACCCUCUGUAAAUGAGACGCAGAGUAGCACAUGGUGAAAUUUGGGGGAUUGGGAGGAGAGUUGGAUGGGGUGAUAGUGGAGGAAUGGGUUGGAUCCAUGAGCCAGGCUGGGCAUAAUGGGCCAAAUGGCCUCCAAUGGCAAAAGAGAACACAUCUGUUUACCUUGCUAAUCAACACCUCUUUCCUUUCAGUAAAAAAAAAUCCCAAACCAAGAAUACUGGAGUUCGCUGGUGGGAAAACUUCACAUACAGGGACAUAACUAAAAGGGGCCAUUCAUGUUAAACUCAUAGUGUGAUAUCGAUUUCUCCUUCCAAUUUCAAAAAAAAAUUCCCUCCCCCUCUCCUCUUCUAUUCCCUACUCUGGCUGGUAACCUGUACAUCACCUCACCCUGGUGUCACCCCUUCUCCUUUUCUCUUAUGGUCCACUAUCAGACUCCUUCCCCUCCUGCCCUUAAUCCUUCAACCCACCUGGCUUCACUGAUCACCUUCCACUCCCCUACCUUUUUAUUCUGAUGUCUUCCCCCUUUCUUUCCAGUCCUGAAGAAAAGUCUCAGCCUCAGCUGUUUAUUCAUUUCCAUAGAUGCUGCCCAACCAGCUGAGUUCCUCCAGCAUUUUGGUCCUAGUGUCACUCUGGGCUUCCAGCAACUGUGGACUUCCUCACAUUUAUAACACUAGUCUCUGUAGCUUUCCCUACAUUUUCCACAUACAAACUAUUAAUUACACACGUUUUGCUGCACUUCUCCCUGUGUCCACCCCUACUUAGUUCACAUAGCACCAGCCUAGAUUACAUCGAGCCCAUCCCAAAAAGCUCUCUCCUGCACUCUGUUCCAAUUUGUACAUCUUAGCCAACAAUGUCAAGAGAGGGUGCAGAAAAGAUUCACGAGGAUGUUGCUGGAAACAGAGGGUUGAAGUUACAGGAGAGACUGACCAAGCUGGGACCGCUUUCCCUGGAGUCGAGGAGGUUAAGUGGUGACCUUGUGGAAUAAAAGGAUAAUAAAAUCAUGAGGAGCAUUGAUAUGAUCUGUUUCCCAGGCUGGAGGAGUCUAAAACUAGAGAUCAUAACUUAAAGGUGAGAGUGAAAGGGAUUUAAAGGAUACCUGAAGACAAGUUUCUCUUCAGGGAAUGGAGGAUAGGUGGAACAAGCUACUAGCUGUAGAGCUGAGUACAAUUAUAAUGUGUAAAAGACUUAUGAACAGACAUGUAGAUAGAAAAGGUUGAAAGGGAAACAGGCCAGGUUUCUUUUGCGGGACGCACUGUCAGAGGUUGGUGGUAGAGGCAGAUGCAUUAGAGGCGUUUAAGAGGAUGGAUGAUAGAAAAGUGGAAGGGAAGAGUUAGAUUGAUCUUAGAGUAGGCUGAAAAUGGGCACAUUGUGGGCCAAAGGGCCUGUAAUGUUUGAUGUUCGAAAUGAGAUUAUCUCAUGAAGAGUUGGUCAGCAUGGAAGAGUUGGGCUGAAGGGCCUGUUCUGUACCGUCUAGAGAAGGGUUGCAUUUCACAACACUGGAAAUGCAGUUCAGUGAACAACAGCUAGGAGACUGGUUUGGCUUAUCCAGUGACAUUACGUCAGUCCAGAAAUCUGACUGGUGCUCGUCCACUGUGUACUCACCCUGCUGCAAUUUCCAUGUCCGCUAUGUAGGGGGUGGUGUCCUUUAGCAAGCAGGGCAAGUUGGCUACAGUUACCCUAUGACCCCUUCUUACCAGCAAAGUGCCAGCUAGUACAUCCCUAGUCCUUGGGCUCCAUUCACCACCACUACCCCCACUCCAAACUCCAAGGGACAUCCCAUUAUUGCCGUUCCCAACUGUCCCCUACAUUCAAUUCCCUUCCUGAAUGAUGAUUCCCUCCCCUAGCCAUCUCUGAAUUCCAGUUCUCUUCCCCAUCCCACAGACGUAGCUCCAAUCUGGUCGUGUCCCCCCCCCCCCCCGCCCCCCAUUAGGUACCUCUGGCCUUAGGGAAAGCAGACCAGACCAAGGCAAUUUCCCACUUACAUCAUUCAAUUCAAUAAAGUUGAGACUUUAUAAGGCAUCAGAUAGACUCUAUAUGCUGUUUUGGGCCCCCUAUUGAAGAAAGGAUGUGCUGGCACUGGAGAGGGUCCAGAGGAGGUUCUCAAAGAAUGAUUCUGGGAAUGAAAGGGUUCAUGUAUGAGGAACAUUUGAUAGCUAUGGGUCUGAACCUGCUGGAGUUUAGAAGAAUGAGGGGAGGGAUCUCGUUGAAAAGUACCAAAUACUGAGUAGAUGUGGAAAGUUUGUUUCCUAUAGUGGGAGAACCUAGGACCAGAUGACACAGCUUCUAAAUACAAGGACAUCUCUUUAGAACAGAGAUGAGGAAGAAUUCCUUUAAGCCAGAGGGUGGUGAAUCUGUGGAGGACAAGUCACUGGGUAUAGUUAAAGCAGAGUUGAUAGUUUCUUGAUUAGUAAGGGCAUCAAAAGAUACAAGAAGGAAGAAUGGGGUUGAGGGACGAUAAAUCAGCCAUAACAGAAUGGUGGAGCAGUUCAGAUGGGCUGAAUGGUUUAAUUCUGCUCCCAUGUCUUAUAGUCAAUGCAGUCAAACUCUAGGCUUGAGGUCUAAAGGCGAUGUUAUGUGGUGAAUGAUUAACAUAGCAAUCAGAGCUCUAUAGGUAUGCUGAACAUCCAGGAUUUUCUCCUACAACUGCCCUGGGCACAGACGGGGUUGACCCUCCCCUGGACAGCCCCACUCCAUCUGGUGUCUGCCCUCUUGGAAUCCAGCAGGAAUAAACAUGCACUUCUUAAAGGUAUCCCAAAUACAAGACUGUUAUUUGGAGAAGAGGUUGGUUGAUAAACUACCUUCCUGCCACAGAAUAUUGGGGACAGCGUCAAUUAGGAAGUUGAUCCCAGCCCCAUAUCUACCAUUCUUUCGUUACAUUGUCUAUCAGAAUCUUUGCAAACACUUCUCAUCGUCACUCACUCAUACCAGGCAACUCAUGUGCAAGCACUCUGCAUCUACACUACUGCGCUUGGGAAUGAAACUGAUCUCACUUUGAAAUUCCCUGUGAAAUACACUUUUCUCUGAGAUAUAUUGUAAAAUUAUUUAUUUAAGUGUUUUUUGUGUGCUUUUUCAGAGGCAGUGUCUGGUAGGUUUUGAGGGAUUUAAAAUCCAAUUUGACAACGCUGGUCCAUUCCCAAUGUUAAUGGCAACAUAGCUUGAGAUUGUAACAGCUCGCAGAAAGAGACAGCACGUGACUGAUCCUGAUUGCGAGUCGGUGUAUCCCUAAUUCUGCAGUGCCUCCAUGAAGUUCAGCAGGAGGCUGUGGUCUCAUUUCCAUCCCUUUGUGGGUGAGUCACUGGUUCAAGCCCCAGUUCAGGAUCUUGAUUCUAAUAGUCACACGAUACACAAGAACAGGCCCUUCCAGCCACACCACACAGCAAUCUUCCAAUCUGAGCCUAGUUGAAUCACAGGAUGACGUACAUGACCAAUUAACCUACCAACCACCCACCUUUGGACUAUGGAAGGAAACCCACAUGAUCAUGGGGAGAAUGUAGAAACUCCUUACAGGCAGUGCCGGGAAUUAAAUCCAGUUUGCUGGUACUGUAAAGUGUUGUGCUAACCACUAUGCUACCGUGCCUGAUCCCAUUGACCCACACCCGGACUAUAGCCAUCCACAUCUCUCCCAUAAGUCUUUGAAGUAAGGUCUCAUAUGUCUCACAGAAGGAUUCAAAAUAAACUCCCACACUACAGUAACAGACAAGUUCCACCCAGAUUGAACCUUCCAAUCAUCAAUAUGAAACACGGCUGUUUGUGGGGAUGGGGGAACAUGGACUGGCUGCCUGGCUGAUCCACAUUGGACAAAAUACUUAACGGCAAAUUAUGACAAAGUUACAGCCCUUCACUCCUGAUGCAACUCAGAAUAUCUGGUUGAAAAAACCAUUAGACAACAAAUUAAUUUAUAAAGGACCAAAUGAUGAAAAAACAUUAAAAGUAAAUAACACUAAUCUUGCAGAAGAAAUCUCAUCUGCUAGAUCUUUAAAAACCAGGUUGUUCCCUAAACAGACAUGCUUGAGAUUUCCUAAAGGAGCCAUUCCCCUUAGCGUGAUCACUCAAGUCAAAUCUCAUGCUCUCCUCAGAGGCUGUAGAGAUCCACGUAACCAGGAUGUUAGGGUAGAUUCCCUUAACGGAGAAAUCCUGUGUGUGAUUUGGUUUAACGUGGGGAGACCGAUGCAUGGGCAGGCACCAUACAGUCCCUGGCAGAUCGGGGUCAGGGUCCAGUGGCGUGAUGACUGGGGACUCUUUGCUGGCGUCGUGAUGAUCUUCCGCCAGCUCCGCAUCUCUUUGAACACUGAUGAUGAUGAUGGCUAGUUCUUUGCUUGCGAAGAUCAGAAGGAAAGGAGAGUCCUUAGGAUCGACGGCGCGACCGUUGGUGACUGCAGAGGCCGAUUCUGGAUCUGCGGACUGUGGAACAGCACGGACAUGGGAAGAGCAGGCAUAAUAGGCAAUAGACAGUAGGUGCAGGAGUAGGCCAUUCGGACCUUCUAGCCAGCACCGCCAUUCACUGUGAUCAUGGCUGAUCAUACACAAUCAGUACCCCGUUCCUGCUCUCUCCCCAUAUCCCUUGACCCCGCUAUCUAUAAGAGUAUCUAAUUCUCUCUUGAAUGCAUCCAGAGACUUGGCCUCCUCUGCCUUCUGCAGCAGAGCAUUCCACAUAUCCACCACUCUCUGGGUGAAAAAGUUUUCCCGCAUCUCUGUUCUAAAUGGCCUACCCCUUAUUCUUAAACUGUGGCCUCUAGUUCUGGACUCACUCAUCAGCGGGAACAUGCUUCCUGCCUCCAGUGUGUCCAAUCCCUUAAUAAUCUUAUAUGUUUCAAUCAUGCGGAUGCUUGGCUAGUAGGAUCCUUCCUGCAUGUCCUCUACUCUUCAGCAGUCGCUCUUCUGGAUUGCUCAAAAUCCUUGGCUGCUCCGUAGAUCGGCUGCUGUCGCUCAUUGACCCCGAUACUUGACUGAGAGAGCUGCUGCUUAAGUUGGUCUUUGUACCUCUUAGACAAUCUCUCUGCCCUGAGGUAGUUCUCCACAGAGUACUGCUUUCGGUAACCUGGAGUUGUCCGUGUGAGAUGUGCGGCCUGGCCAGCAGAGCUGCCUGAGCAGUAAUGUGGCUUCAAUGCUGAGAAGUUGAGCCUUCUGAGGACCUCGUUGUUGGAGACACAAGCUGACACUCCUGAUGGAGCAGAGGCAGUGCUGAUGGCAGCGCUUGAGCAACCGGGUUUGCUUGCGGCAAAGACCCAGGCUUCGGAGCCGGAUAGCAGUGUUCCGACGAUGGCAGCCCUGUACACCAGGAUUCUUGUGAACAGACGUAGCUGGUGGUUCUUCCACACACAUUUCUGGAGGCACUGCUGGCUCUGGCAAAUCGAUUGUCAACGUCCCUUACUACCGUUAAAGAUGACGCUGCCCAGGGAGGUGAACUGCUCAACCAUGGUGAGUGGUUGGUCACCAUGGUGAUCAGAGGUGAGUUGUUGAUGCACCAUCAAUAACUCACACUGAGACGUAAGGCGAGAUAUCGGCUUUUAUUGACUGGAAGAAGGAACCAGGAGUGAGUGUCCAUCAUACUAUGUCCUGGAGACUGAGGCCGAGCGUCAGGCCUCAGAUCGCCUUUAUACAGGGGCCUGUGGGAGGAGCCACAGGAGCAGUCAGCAGGGGGUGUGUCCAGACAGGCACAUAGUUCACCACAGUUGUAAACUCCACAAGGGUGUUUCUGAUGGAGGACCAUUGUUUUCUUCAGACUGAUCAUUAACCCGAAAGCCCUUGCAGCCUCGGUGAACUGAGUGACUGCAGCCUGUAACUCGUCCUCUGUGUGCAUGAGAAGAACAUGCUUAUCGUAUAUGGAGAAUAGGCUGUUGCAUGGUUUUUGUGCAGGCAAGAUGGUUGAAGAUACUUCCCUCAGUUCGGAACCGAAUGUAGGCGCUCUCCGGAGGUGAUCUUUUUCAUUUGCCAUACCAUUAUGCUGAAUAAGGGUCCAGUGGCGUGGAAUGCAAGACAACAGGGGACAUUUCACUGCUCUUCCCUCACCGUGUCAUGAUCUGCCAGUUCUGCCACUGAGGUCUCCUUAAACACUACAAUUACCAUUAGGUCUGUCAGGCUUUGAGGCCUAAGGACAGUCUACAUCAAAAAUCACAACUUAGGGAGCGUUACACUGUGUUAGCACGUUCUAAAUGUAACCACCGGGGAUUGUACAGCUAAUGAAAUAAUCCCCAAACUCCAGCUAUUGAAAAUAGGCACUGCGAAAUUUUGACAAACCAAUGUACAUUUCCUGUACAACUGCUGUUUAAUAUUUAUUUUUUGUAUUGUUAAAAAAAAAGCCAUGGCUGAAGGCAUUUAUUGCCUUGUGCUCAUUACUGAUGAUAGUGAGCCACCAUAGACAACGCAGGAGGGAUCAUACCUCCGAGAUUAACGGGAUGCCAACAGCAUUGCCAUGGAGGGAACACCAAGGGACAGCGAAUGGCCACCUAUCCAGUUCCAAGUGGGGAUGGGCUGGGGUGUAAGGGGCUUUGACGCGAGUGUUCUCAUACGUCUGUGCAGUAGAGGAUGCACUUUGGGAAUGGUCGACGAGGAUUUGAGACCCUCCACUGCUAUAUUCAAUUCUUUUACUUGUAGAGUCUUGCACUGACACCAAACACUGCCUCUUCUUCAAAGUAUUCAGAGACUAAGGGCAUUGUAUAUUAUGCAUGUAAAGUGAAUAUAUUGUCAUGAUACAAUAAUCCGCGCACUUUUCAAUAAAUAUAUCUCUAUUGAUAACCUGAAGUGAUUGUCUUCAAGACUUGUUAUUUCCAUUUUCCACAAAGAAAAAUACAGGAACUGAUUCUUCUAACUCAAACACCCUCUGGUAACAGCUCAAAGGUUGACAAUCUCUGAGUUCAAGCCCUGCUCCAGAGAAAUGAGCAUGAAACCCAGACCGAUGUUGCACAGUGAUAAGGGAAAGACUGCAGAGGCUGGGGGUAUAGACCAGGGAUUCCCAGCCUUUUGGAACCAGGUUGGGAACCCCUGGUGUACAAGGUAAAGGAAGGAGCGACAAGAAAGUGGAUAUAGGCAAUACUGGAAAUGGAGCAGCAAUUUUAAGAGGCAACCCAUCACAUCCUUAUGAGAUUUAACUUUAACCAGUGAUCCCUUAACAGCCAGUGCUUCCCCACCUGGGGUUCUCAGUUAAUGGCAGGGGUCCAUGGCAUAAAAAAAGCUAGGGAACCCCUGCUGUAGUCAUAGAAAAGUACAGCACAGAAAUAGGUCCUUCGGCCCAUCAAGUCUGGGCUGAGCCAUUUAAUCUGCCUACUCCAAUCGAUCUGCACCAGGACCAUAGCCCUGCAUUCCCCCACCAUCUCUCUCCCGACCCUCUAAGUGAAGGAGUUUCCCCUUGUGUUUCCCUUAAACUUUUCACCUUUCCCCUUAACCCAUGACCUCCAGUUGUUAUCCCACUCAACCUCAGUGGAAAAAGCUUUCUUGCAUUUAGUCAAUCUCUACCCCUAAUAAUUUUAUAUACUUCUAUCAAAUCUCCUCUCACUCUACAUUCUAAGGGAGCUUGAGGUAAAAGAACCCUUAGGAACCAGUGAUCACAAUAUGAUUGUGUUCAACUUGAAACUUGAUAGGGAGAAAGUAAAGUCUGACGUAGCAAUAUUUCAGUGGAGUAAGGAAAAUUACAGAGGUAUGAGAGAGGAGUUGGCCAAAGUAAACUGGAAGGAGCUGCUGGCAGGGAUGUCAGCAGAGCAGCACUAGUGUGCUUUUCUGGGGAAAAUGAGGAAGGUGCAGGACAUGUGUAUUCCAAAAAUGAAGAAACACUCUAACGGUAAAAUAGUACAACUGUGGCUGACAAGGGAAGUUGAAGCUAUUGUAAAAGCAAAAGAAAGGGCAUACAACAAAGCAAACAUUAGUGGGAAGACAGAGGAUUGGGAAAUUUUCAAAAACCUACAGCGAGCAACUAAAAAAAAAAUCACUAAAAGGGGAAAGAUAUAAUAUGAAAGCAAGCUAGCAAAUAAUAUCAAAGUGGAUAGAAAAAGUUUUUUCAAGUACGUUAAAAAGAAGAGAGAAAUACAGAACUGCUAGAAAAUGAGGCAGGAGAAAUAAUAAUGGGACAAGGAGAUGGCUGCUGAACUAAAUGAGUAUUUUGCAUCAGUCUUCACUGUGGAAGAUACUAGUAGUGUGUCUGACGUUGAGUUGUGCGAAGGAAGAGAAGUGGGUGCAGUUACUAUUACAAGGGAGAAGAUGCUCAAAAAGCUGAAAGACAUAAAGGUACAUAAGUCACUCGGACCAGAGGAACUGCACCCCAGGAUUCUGAAAGAAGUAGUGUUAGAGAUUGUGGUGGCAUUAGAAAUGAUCUUUCAAAAAUCAUUGAACUCUGGCAUGGCCAGGGACAGGAAAAUUGCAAAUGUUACUCCACUCUAAAAAAGGAAGCCAGCAGAAAGGAAAUUAUAGACCAGUUCGCCUGACCUCAGUGGUUGGGAAGAUGUUAGACCCAUUUGUUAAGGAUGAGGUGAUGGAGUACUUGGUGACACAGGACAAGAUAGUACAAAGUCAGCAUGGUUUCCUUCAGGGAAAAUCCUGCCUGACAAACCUGUUGGAAUUAAAAAUAGUGGAUGUUGUAUAUUUGGACUUUCAGAAGGCCUUUGACAAGAUGCCACACACGAGGCUGCUUUCCAAGUUAAGACCCCAUGGUAUUACAGGAAAGUUACUAACAUGGUUAGAGCAUUGGCUGAUUGGUAGGAGGCAGCGAAUGGGAAUAAAAGGAUUCUUUUCUGCUUGGCUGCCAGUGACUAGUGAUAUUCCGCAGGGUCGGUGUUGGGACCAUUUCUUUUUAUGCAGUAUAUAAAUGAUUUAUAUGAUGGAAUAGUUGGCUUUGUUGCCAAGUUUGUAGAUGAUAUGAAGAUUGCUGGAGGGGCAAGUAGUGUUGAGGAAACAGGACGGCUGCAGAAGGACUUAAACAGAUUAGGAGAAUGGGCAAGAAACUGGCAAAUGAAAUACAAUAUUGGAAAAUGCACGGCUCUGUACUUUGGUUGUAGAAAUAAAUGUGUAGACUAUUUUCUAAACGGGAAGAAAAUCCAGGAACCUGAGAUGCAGAAGGACUUGGGAGUCCUUGUGCAGAACACCCUGAAGGCUAACUUGUAGGUGGUGAGGAAGGCAAAUGCCAUGUUAGCAUUCAUUUCAAGAGGUCUAGAAUAAAGAGCAUAAGGUAACUUAUAAGGUGAAGUUUUAUAAGGCACUGGUGAGGUCUCACCUCGAGUACUGUGAACAGUUUUGGGCCCCUCAUCUUAGAGAAGAUGAGCUGGCAUUGGAGAGGGUCCAGAGGAGAUUCACAAGAAUGAUUCUGGGAAUGAAAGGGUUAUCAUAGUAAGAACUCUGGCUCUGGGUCUGUACUCGCUGGAAUUCAGAAGG